CUAAUCUCGGACGAAACGUUUUGUUGCACACCAUUGCAACGAUUGCAGCCUGUCAUAGCUGUAAUGUGAAGUUCCUGCCAUCAUAACAUUUCUUGCAGUUGCGCUGAUCAAUAUCGAGAUCUACCAUCCAUUGGCAUUGGCAAUGCUUUUCUUUUUAUAUGAUUUCAGAGUUAUUUCAAAUCAACCUGGGUUUCAUUGAGAGCUGCCAUUGGCAUUGCCACCAUGGCAUCGAUCAAAAGGAGCAGGAGUCGUAGGAGGACACUCUCCACCUCUGAAGAAACGAGUGCAAAGAAAAGACAAUCAUUGUCAUGUGAGGGUAGUAAAGAUAAAGUUUCGCUGGCACCCAAGUUGGAAGUGUCACUUAAACGGUGUGACAGCAUCCGAAGGAGUAGCCCAAGGAGAGCUAAAUUACUUAUGGUUUCUACCGGGGACGAGGCAAAUCCUAAAAAUGAAGCAAUACCGACAACAAAGACACAUCAUACUCCUUCACUGGAUUUAAGCCAAGGGGGAAAAGACAUGUAUUCUGCUAUUAAGCAAAGGAAACGAACACCACCACAAAAAGAGCUGGUUUUAAGCGAAACAAGGGGACAGCCGAGAAAAUCACUCAAAGAAACAGAGGAUAAGCCUGUUAAGUCACCAUCUGCUAAAAAAAGGGGACGAACAAGAAAAUCAGUUGAAGAAACUGAGAGUGAGCCUGUUAAGUCACCAUCAACUAAAAAGAGAGGACGACCAAGAAAAUCAGUUGAAAAGACUGUAACUGUAAAAUGCACAGCUCCACAACAGCAGUUGGUACCAAGUAAAACAGAAGCUGUCGGUGCUCCUUUUGUAUCACCACCAUUGACAAAAACAGGGGUGAGGCCAAGAAAAUUAGACGAGGAACUUGCAACUAUAGCAUGCACAACAUCACAAGAACAGUCAGUGGCGAGUGAAUCUGAGGUCGAAAAUAAACCUAUCAAAAUGGCAUCACCUAAAAAAAGAGGGAGGCCAAGAAAAUCAGUGAAAGAAUCUGACAGCGAUCCUGUUAAGUCACCAUCACCUAAAAAAAGAGGACGACCAAGAAAGUCUUUUGAAGUAGCAACUGUAGCCACUGAUUCGAAUUUUGUGUCAAAGUCAGCUGUGAAAGAGAAAAAGUCUGGAGAAAUAUCACAAAAGCAAACUAAAAAAGAAGUGUCAGUUAUCUGUGUUAGUUCUUCUGAUGAGCUGACUUCCGAGUCGGAGGUGUUUCCUGCCUCUACACAGAGCUCGCAACGAUCUGGAGAAACUUCUUCCCUUCCAUCUCAGGGUGAAAGUCAAGCAUCCAUUGCAUCAGAAUCUCAAGAGGUGACGAGUGUGACUUUGGCGACAGAUUUGCAAGAUGCAUCCGAAAAGGUUGGAAUGGAAGAUGAGAGGUCUCUUGCAACCAACCGAAGGGAGACACUUAUUGCAGUACCUGAGGAAAAGAUUUUGGUAUCACCAGGCGAACAGCUGAUUUCUCCUCCUCUGCCCAAGUUAUCCUCUUCUGAGUCACGCAAAAAGAAGUCAAGAAGGCGAUCAAAUUUUGUUGCUGGUAGAAAGAGUAAAGGCAUGGUCAACUUGCCUUCAUCAGAACUUUGUCAAACAAUACCUAAAGAACUACCAGAAGAGGAAAGACUGGCAAGAUUACAGCAGUUGCUUAUCCGGCGGACCCUCCAGAAAAUGGAAGCUGAGGCACCUGGUGAUGACCCAGGAUUUGCGCAGUUUAAAUUUGAGGCUUUAGAGAAGACGGAAAAACUCACGCAGCAAAUGAGGGAAGACGGAACAUUCAAACAAGCGUGUACACCAAGGGAUAGGCUUUUACCGAACCCCAUCAACAUACAGAAUGAGAAGCGUGUUGAGCUUUACAAUACCGCUAUCGUGAGGUUGAACGCAGAGUGUGAUUCGUGGAAUGACUUGCGGCACAACAGGGAGGAUCUGGCCAGGGAGGCAAAAGCGAUGUUUGAAAAACGGGCGGAUAGUAUAGUUGCUACAGAGCACCCACCCACCCUUUCCCAAGCGGAGAAGAAGGUUCUGGAAAGCAAGCCAGAUUAUAAGAAGAUUUUGAGUGAUUCUGUGCUGAAUUAUGAAUUUGCUGUGAUGUUUGUGGAUAAGAUUCAAAAGACUGCAAGUAACAUGUCAAGAUAUCACAAGAAAGCCGAGGAAUGCAUCCGGAAACAGUCAGAAAGUCUUAGUGCUCAAGUCCUCAAAGAUGUGCCUGAUCCAAGGGACACGAUAUCUGCUCUUCUUGAAAAGUGAAUCAGCAGUAAGAUACAUGGAAGGAUAUAGUGCUAUUGGCUGGACAUUCUGCAUUGGUCUAUCAAAUUUACUAUCAGAUGUGAAGAUAUUAGCACAAAAGAAUGCUGUGAAGUUGCGCAGAAGUAAAUACAUAUAGCCCAUGCAUUACUGCAAGUCAUUAGACUAACUGAGGUGUCGUGCCCAAUCCGCUCUUCUUGUGUAGUGAACAGAUUAUAAAUUGUGCCUGCAAGUUUGUACAGGAUCAAGGACUUUGAAUUACUUAGUUUUUGAUGAAGACUUCUGUGUCUUGUUACUUGGAAGUUGGGCAUGUUCGGGGAAGGUAGCAGCUGGAACAGGAUUCUGCUACAUCCAUUAAAUAACUUCAGGUGUAAUCUCAUUAUAAAUUCUUUAUUAAUAUUAUGGAAUCCACAGAAAAGUUGACAUGUUAAUAAUGGAAUGAAUAUGGUAUGAAUUACAUGCAGCUU